CUUGGGAAUAUGCAUAAUUAAGAAUUAUAUAAUAAGCUAAAAUAUGACGCCGACGGCCAACCAAAACAAAUUCAUAGCUUGGUUGGAGACUUUUCUUCUCUACCCAGAGACACUGUCCGACAACUCACCCAACACAGCUCUGUAGCUUCAAUUUUCAGCUACUGGUUUAUACAUUUUUUUCCUUUUCUCUCUCUUUAUCUGAAGAAUUCGUGACUAAGAGAGAGAAUGUCAAGUGGGGGAACUCAGAAUAGUUUAAGAAAAACGCUUGGAGCUCUCAAGGAUACGACCACUGUCAGUUUGGCUAAAAUAAAUAGUGACUACAAGGAAUUGGACAUUGCCGUUGUGAGGGCUACAAAUCAUGUUGAGCGCCCAGCAAAAGAAAAACACAUAAGAGCUAUCUUUGCUGCUAUAUCAGCUACCAGGCCUCGAGCUGAUGUUGCAUAUUGCAUACAUGCUCUUGCAAGACGUUUGUCAAAAACUCAUAAUUGGGCGGUUGCCUUAAAAACUUUGAUAGUAAUACAUCGUGCAUUGAGAGAGGUCGAUCCCACAUUCCAGGAAGAACUUAUCAAUUAUGGUAGGAGCAGGAAGCAUAUGCUUAACUUGGGCCAUUUUAAGGACGACUCAAGUCCAAAUGCCUGGGAUUAUUCUGCAUGGGUGCGUUCCUAUGCAUUAUUUUUGGAGGAGAGGCUGGAAUGUUUCCGGUUGUUGAAAUAUGAUGUGGAGAAAGAGACUCCGAGAACAAAAGAUUUGGACACUCCAGAAUUGCUUGAGCAAUUACUGGCUUUACAGCAACUUCUAUUUCGGGUUCUUGGUUGUCAGCCACAAGGAGCGGCAGUUCAUAAUUUUGUUAUUCAGUUGGCCCUUUCUAUGGUUGCUUCAGAAAGCAUCAAAAUUUAUAAUGCAAUAAGUGAUGGUACAGUUAAUUUGGUUGACAAGUUCUUUGAGAUGCAACGGCAUGAUGCUCUUAAGGCUUUGGAUAUAUACCGGCGAGCUGGCCAGCAGGCCGAGAAAUUGUCAGAAUUUUAUGAAGUAUGUAAGAAUCUUGACAUUGGACGUGGAGAAAGAUUUAUCAAGAUUGAGCAGCCCCCUGCAUCAUUUCUACAAGCUAUGGAGGAGUAUGUGAGAGAAGCACCACGAGGUUCCUCUGUUCGCAAGGAUCUGAAUGUUGAUGUAAAGUCAAAGGUGAUAUUACCCAUAGAGUACAAAAAGAAUUCAGAAGUGAAGGAAGAUCGCGCACCAUCACCACCUCCAGCUGAACCAGAACUGAAGCCAGAACCAGAACCAGUUAAAGUGGGAGCACUUGUUACAGAACCACCUGAUCUGCUGGGUCUGGACGAUCCUGUUCCGGCUGCCUCUAUGUUAGACGAGAAGAAUGCAAUGGCUUUAGCCAUUGUGCCAGUUGGUGUUGCGGAACAACCAGCUUCCGUUGGACCAAAUCUUUCAAAUGGAACUACGGGCUGGGAACUAGCUCUUGUUACGGUGCCGAGCUCCAAUGAGAGUGGUACUGCUGCUAGCAAACUGGCUGGUGGACUGGACAUGCUUACACUAGACAGCCUAUAUGAUGAUGCAAUCCGAAGAACCAACGAGAAUGUUAGCUACAAUCCAUGGGUACAAGCUCCAACCGCCACUCCCAUGAUGCCACAAACUGCACCCGACCCAUUCUAUGCCUCCAACGUAAUGGCUUCACCACCUUCCGUGCAAAUGGCUGCCAUGGCCAACCAACAACAGGCUUUAAUGUUCCAGCAGCAGCAGAUGAUGAUGAUGAUGGGGCCACAGCGGCCUGUGAACCCUUUUGAAACCCCAUAUGGAGCCAACAGCUACCCAUACGCCUCAGGUAUGCCAGAUCAAGCCUAUAAUCCUCAUCCAGGCCUUAUUUAAGUAUUUCCAACGAUAACAUUUUUUGUUGGAAAUGCGAGAAGGAUGAACAUGAAGCUUUAGUUAGUACUUAAUUUUACUCUGGAUUGAUAUUCGAAGAUGGAUGAUUUGUAUCGUAUGACGUGUCCAAAUUAUAGGUAGGAAUUCAAUUAGAUGUUUUUAUGAUUAAGUAGAAGCAAUUAUUUUGCUUGUUGAAAAAUAACUUCAGGCAGUUGGUAAUAAUGCUUUCGGGGUUUGAACGACUUUCCUUGUACCCAUCUAUGUUCGAACAGGGUCGAUUUCUUGUUUAUGGGAUUCUGUAACGCUGUUUUUGUUUCCCUCUGAUGUGUAAAGUUUGUCAUUGAUCAAUCAUUCAUGUAUUGUUUGAACAAAUUUGCUCUAGUGAUUCUUAAAUGUUUUGUUGCUCC